GUCGUUUGUCUGUAAAAGCUUCGUGCAAAAACCCUUGGCCACUAGAGAGAGAGGCGCAAGAGAGCUGAAGAAGGAGAAGAGGAGAAAUGGGGAAAACAAAGAAAGAAGAUCUGAAUCAAUUUCUGAUCACUCAUCUCAACACCAUCUACGAUACUCUCCAGUUGUUCGAACGAACAGCGUCUCCGACAGAGGAGAAAGUGAACUGGAGCGAUGUUCUUCAGAUGUCUGAUCACCUCUCUAAACAAGCCACCAUAGUGGGAAUGCUGUGGAACGGAGGAGAAGCUCCAAAAGCUGAGUCACUUAAGGAGACUAUGGAGUCUUACUUCAACGCUCUUCAAGGCUUCUUGCUUUGUUGCCAUGGUAGCACUGUUGGUGCUGGGUCAACUCUUUCUUCGCUCAUACAUGUCUCCGUCAAGAAGAUCGUUGAUUCCAGCUUCAGAUUGUUGCAGGGCUCUGUCUCCUUAUACGAGGGAUCAUAUGAGAAGGAGAAGAAGCCGUCUAUUCCGCAGCUUUCAGGAGCAGUUUGGGAAGCAUGCUCGAGUUUCAAGAAGGUUCCUGCGACAAACAUCACUGCCAUUGGCAGGGCUAUCACUCAGGUUGCUGUUUCUAUGAAGGAUGUUCUCAGGGAGAUGAAAGAAGUCAAACCAGCUUCCCCCGAGGACGAGGCAUCUGCUGAUGACGACGACGAUGAUGAUUUGGGGAAUGAUCUGUCCCCUGAAGAAAUGGAAGUUGCUCAAAUGGUAGCUGAGCUCGUGUCUGAUACCAUCACGGUGAUAAAAGAACUCAUCCGAGUCAUCACGGGGAUGAUCAAGCUGGAGAAUCCCAAGGAUAACGGGUUUGUGGACUCGCUUGAGAAGCUGCUGAAGCUGUGUAAAGGAACCGGAGAUCAAAUCGAUGAGAUUGGAGCUUGCGUUUAUCCUCCGCAGGAGAUUGUCAAGAUGAAGCAAGCGCUGAAGGUAAUACAAGGAAAUCUAGGUGAAGUCGAGGCUGAGGUCGAGGGUUUGAAGAAUUCUUCAGAGGCGUUUACGGGAGCUUGCGGGAAGCUAAGAAGCUCGAUGAAACACAUUGAAGCUGAGCUAGACAAGAGAUGCGAGGAUGAAGUAGUUGCUGAAAUGCAGAAUGUUACUCUCGGCAGUUAGAGAGGGUUUGGGAUUUUUGCAAGGUUUCUUCAAAGUUAGAUUUUUGUGUGUGUGUUUAUUACAUCGUGGACUUUUUGUUCCUGUCGGAAAGUAGAACAUUCAUGUAAUAUGCAUUGUUCAAUGUGUUGCGUUAUAUUGCAUAAACUUUAUAGA